UUAUAAUUGGAUUAAAUUAUAAAAUUAAGUGUGUUUAUAAAUUGAACCCAUAAUGUUAUGUUACAAACUUGUUAUUGCAGAUAAUUUGUAAAGAGUCGUGAUAAAUUUACAUACGAAAUGGUGGUUCAAAAGAAUUGGAAUAACACUGAAACAACGGCGUCUGCUUCUGAAAGCCAGACUCAAAAUACAGCCACUGUUUCAUGGAGUUUUCAAGCUCCUACUAAAACGUUGACUGUUCGUCCAAACACUACAUGCACCAUGCAAACGAAGCAGCCAAUCACACGGCAAAUAGCCAUUAACACACUAGCAGCCAUGCAUCGACGGUUCAGCCUGCCUGGCCCAGUACAGCCCCAUUCCAGGCCCAUCGCCGAGUUCCGGGCCAGUGCCAACAAGUCUUUGGACAUGCUGCGCCAGACCAUACAGUCAGCGGUGACCAGGGAAAUUGAUCAAGUGAUAAAAAAGUACUUGGAAAAAUUCUUUGUACCUGCAGUAAACAAUAUUAGGCUGAACUUGGGAGAUGAGUCCGUUAGUGAAGAUCAGGUGCGAGCCAUUUGCCGAGCCAUGCUGGACGCCACGCGCCUGUUAUACACCACGCCCGCCAAGCCGGCGCCAUCCCCGUCCGACAACAGCGAUGACUCUAACAGUGCAGACAGCAAGAUUAAACAAACCAAUUUACAGAGUCCCUCGCAUACUAAACGCAAAGAGUCCGAUUCGGAAUUCGACGCAUGCUUCAAACGGCGGAAGAUUAAGCAAGAAGAGACUUCAGACAGCGGGUCUUCGUCGCCCCUGCCGCUGUCCACCUACAGGGACCCUGAGAAAUGGAACCCGAACCGGCUGACGCAGGAAACGCUGUUUAUUAUGGGGUCUCACGCUCACAAGGUCUUAGGGCUGGGCAACUGCCGAGGUCGGCUGUAUACGCGCCACGCUGGUUUGCUUCGCUACCCGGCGGACAGUUCCGAUAAGGAGUGGAUCGCCAGCCACAACCUGGUCAACGCCGUCGGCGGCAAAACCUAUAUCAUGGUACUCGAAGACAUAGAAGAACUAGCGAACAGCGAUGCCUACCGCCACAACUCUUUACCAAUGCUCGGUGAACUAACUGGCUUCAAAGUGCCACCAUUCAUGCUCAGAAAAAUCAAAGCAUACGUAAUGAAACGGGCCCUCAGUGGAGACAUUAGUAAUCCAGACAGCCCUCAAGCCUCCACCAGCAAUGAUGAUCCCAAGUUUAAAUCAGAUGUCAAACUAGAACCCGAUCAAGAUACAUACGAUUCUUUCGACGCAUCCCGCUACACAGAUAAUACUAGAGACUUCGCUGACGUACCAACUAACAAAGAUGACACUGAUUUAGCUGAUAUCAAAGUAGAAGACAUUGAAGAUAUCAAAGUCGACGGAAUAAAAGUUGAAGAUCUAGACGAAAUGAAAGUAGACGGAAUUAAGGUGGAGGAUUUGGAUGUGGAUAUCAAAGUCGAAAACAUCGAUGACAUCGACGGAAUCAAUGUAGAGGAUAUGAAACUGGAGAAAGAAGAUUUCGCUCUGUGCAAGCAAGAUGAUGAUCAGAAUCAUCUGGUCGAUGGUCUGCUGGAGUCUGAUAUAGAGUUUCUCAGCAGAAAUCUGGGUAAUAUCGAGAGUGAUGCGGACGCCAGGAAAACUAUUGAGAAGUUGACGGGAGCCAAUCCGGAUACUAUCACGCUUGUGGGAGACGAGUUUGAUUUGGGGCCCACUUUGAAUACCAGCAACUAUUCCAGCAACCAAACGAAAUGCAUCACCGUGGCGUCCACCACGAGCGGCAUGAUCCACAGCGUGCCCGUGGCGCACAUCCAGGCGCCGCGCAUCACGGGCUCCACCGUGCACUACUACACCAGCGUGCCGCAGCGCACCGUGCACCAUCUGCCGUCCGUCACCAUCCAGGGCCUGCCGCAGUCGCAGGUGCUCCGCGGGUCAGUAUAACACACCACCACGAGCGGCAUGAUCCACAGCGUGCCCGUGGCGCACAUCCAGCGCACCGUGCACCAUCUGCCGUCCGUCACCAUCCAGGGCCUGCCGCAGUCGCAGGUGCUCCGCGGAAUCCCGAUCAACACUAAAACCGGCACAUUCAGCACCGUAAUGUCUCAAGGCACCGCCAGCGCUAUCAUCGGCUUCGGAACUCGUACUACUAACGCUACUCCAGUCCAGUACGUCAACGUCUCCUCCAAAUCAUUCCCCACUGGUAACAUCUUGCAUAACGCCAUCGUCUCUCGCAACAUUCUCAACCGCACAGCGGUCACAUCCGCCAUGUCGUUCAACGUUACCACAGUCAAGCCGGCAGUGCAAACUACUCCUAAAAUUAGCACGGUAGUAACAGCGAGCUCUGGAGACUUCGACAAUAUUUCCACUACUAAAGACAUGAUCGACAACGCGUGUAACUCUUCGGUCAUGCUCAAGAAAGUCCUCACUCUGGGAAGCGCCGGCGCCGCUAAAUCUUUCAUGAUGCAUAACACACAAAAGGUGCUGUCUACGGGUUUCGCUAACGGGUCUACCCCGCCUCCUAACGUGACCAUCGUAAGCUCGGGCAGCACCAUUUUGAGCAACGCCAUCAUUAAUCCUACUUCGAACAUAACGAGUCCCACGUCAGGCACUUUGAGCGCCACUCACGCCACACUGUCCGCUUUGCUCGCCUCGAACGCCGAGAACGCCCAAGGAACCAAGAAUUAAAAUUAGCUUAGAUUCCAACAUUCCCAAGUAACUAAUCAUUCUCGAAUUCAUGAUCUCAAAAUGUAGUUAUUAAGGUAACUAUUUAUUAAUGCAUUUACUGUUGCACUAU